GGACGAUCGGCGCCGCCAGUUGGAUUCUGAGCGACACGAGGCCGCCGCGUUCUCGCCGCGUCGAAUCCUAACUCGCGAUUCCAGUAACUUUGUGUGCAUUGGAAACUUUUCGAAGCGGGCUCGAGCGCAUUCGUCGGUCGUUUUACGUUUCGUUAAUAUUUCGAGUCGCGUAGUGAAGUAAAACGUGGUAGCGAUCGAAGUUAUGCAUAGACGCGAUACUGUCGGGUCUAUUUUUGAAUAUUCUCUAAACGCUUCGUCGUGAAGUUUUCGAAACGCAGCCCGCCGCAGCCGGGUUAACGUCCGCAUCGUGUGCACCGAUACUGCAACACGUCUUGUGUGGUUCUGUUGACGGAUUUUUUGUUGUUCGCCUCCGCUGUCAUUACCGAGAAACGCUAUCUUUGGUUAUGCGAGAGGUCAGCUCAAUGUAGUGUUUGACUCAGAGUGUGAUGGCUGCGGAUGACGUAGUUUGUAGUGGUAUUUUGUUACGGUGCUCGGUGUUAGUGAGUGGUCGGCAGUGAGUGUUUCGUGGCCAGUGCUGACGGUGAUGUGACGGUCUAUGCAAGCGCCACGUUGAAUGACGCGGAAUGUUCACAAAGCACGGCAAGGCCGCAGAGCGGUGCCAACACCCCCACUCGCACAGGUGCCGUAAGAGAAAGAAGCAGGCGCCCCACACGCCCUGGAAAUACUUGAUGAAUUGUCCACUCGUUAGGAAAUGUUUUGGUCUACAUUUGCAGAGCAUAGAAGAGCCGGUGGGUGGGGCGGGCGGUGGCAUGCCCGCGCCCACCUGCUACGACGCGGAGUGUGCCCGCACGGAAGCCUGGCUCGAUGAAAACCAGGAGUUCGUGCAUGACUACUUCUUGAGGAAAGCGACGCGGCAAGUGGUGGACGCGUGGUUGGUUUCGCACGCGACCCCUCCCAGCGCUGAGCUAGCGUCGCCGUCGAGGGCUGGCUCUGGAUCUGGAGCGACAACACCUGUCAGGAAGAUCUCGGCGCAUGAGUUCGAGCGCGGUGGUCUUUUGAAGCCGCUGGUAACCACCGUGGAUGGCACGCCAACUUUCCUCGGAGACCAGCCGCCGCAUGCCACUCCGACACGACCGCAGCGUCGCUCCAGGCAUGAGCUGAGGCAGCUAGAUGAGAAGGAGCUUAUAUUUGAGCUAGUGAAGGACAUCUGUAACGAGCUCGAAGUACGUGUAUUGUGCCACAAGAUUCUACAGAACGUGUCGAUUUUACUCGACGCCGACAGGGGUUCGCUUUUCCUUGUACAGGGAGAAAGGGCCUCGUCUCCGCAUCCACAAAAUGGAAGAUGUCUAGUGUCGAAGCUGUUCGACGUUUGUUCCAAAUCGACGCCGGAACAGAUGGAGCAACUCGAAGAGAUCAGGAUUCCUUGGGGCAGCGGUAUCGUGGGAUACGUCGCCGAAAGUGGAGAGCCUGUCAACAUACCUGAUGCGUAUAAGGAUGAAAGGUUUAAUCACGACAUUGACCAGCAGACGGGCUACAAAACAAGAUCUCUCCUCUGCAUGCCGAUCAAGGAUACGAACGGAGAGGUUAUCGGUGUUGCUCAGGUGAUAAACAAACAGAGUGACGGCCCGUUCACUGUCAACGAUGAGAAGGUGUUCGCAUCGUACCUCCAGUUUUGCGGGAUCGGUCUAAGGAACGCGCAGCUGUAUGAACGAUCGCAGUUGGAGGUGAAGAGAAAUCAGGUUCUGCUGGACCUCGCCAGGAUGGUGUUCGAGGAACAGAGCACAAUCGAGCACAUGGUGUUGAGGAUAUUGACGCACACGCAGAGUCUGAUACGCUGUCAGCGAGUACAAGUACUUCUAGUCCAUGAAGCAUCGAAAGGUAGUUUCUCUCGAGUCUUCGAUCUCGAAGCUGGCGACGAUUCCGACCCCGGUUCUCCGCGAACUUCACCCUACGAGAGUCGAUUUCCUAUUAAUAUAGGUAUUACGGGCUACGUGGCUACUACGGGAGAAACUGUGAACAUCGCGGAUGCUUAUUUGGAUGCCCGUUUUGAUCCCGCCGUCGAUGAAGGAACCGGCUUCAAGCACAAUACGAUCCUCUGCAUGGCCAUUAAGAAUUCAGAGGGGAGGAUAAUCGGUGUUAUUCAGUUGAUCAACAAGUUUGAUGACUUGUUGUUCACGAAGAACGAUGAGAACUUCGUCGAAGCUUUUGCCAUUUUUUGCGGAAUGGGCAUCCACAAUACGCACAUGUACGAGAAGGCGAUCACGGCUAUGGCGAAGCAAAGCGUCACGCUUGACGUGUUGAGCUACCACGCAUCAGCUUCGUUGGACGAUGCUCAGCGAUUACGGUCCUUGUUCCAGUCGUUGAGGAUACCGUCAUCGGCUCACUUCAGCCUCCACGAGCUGGCGUUCGACGACAUCAAUAUGACGGACGACGACACGUUGAGAGCGUGCCUCCGGAUGUUUCUGGACAUGGACUUUGUCGAGAGAUUUCACAUAGACUACGCGGUCUUGUGCCGGUGGCUGCUGAGCGUGAAGAAAAACUAUCGGAACGUCACUUACCACAAUUGGAGGCACGCUUUCAAUGUGGCCCAAAUGAUGUUCGCAAUAUUGACGGAGACUCAGUGGUGGAAGAUAUUCGGCGAGCUGGAAUGCUUAGCUUUAAUUAUUGGCUGUCUGUGUCACGACCUUGAUCACCGAGGGACCAAUAACUCUUUCCAAAUAAAGGCGUCGUCGCCAUUAGCGCAGCUGUAUUCGACAUCCACAAUGGAGCAUCAUCACUUCGAUCAGUGUCUGAUGAUCUUGAACUCUCCCGGGAACCAAAUCCUGCUGAAUCUGUCUUCAGACGAUUACGAGAAGGUCGUCAAGGUACUCGAGGACGCUAUACUCUCCACCGACUUGGCUGUUUAUUUCAGCAAAAGGAAAGCCUUCAUAGAGCUGGUGAACUCUGAUCGGACGGUGACUCCGUUGUGGGGCGAGUGCGUGGAGAGGCGUGGGCUGCUACGCGCCAUGCUCAUGACGGCCUGUGACCUCGCCGCCAUCACCAAGCCCUGGCCAAUAGAGCGGCGCGUGGCAGGACUGGUCGCUGGAGAGUUCUUCAGACAGGGCGACCUGGAGAGACAGAACCUGAACUUGACCCCUAUUGACAUAAUGAAUAGAGACAAAGAGGACCAGCUUCCGGCCAUGCAAGUCAAGUUCAUUGAUACGAUCUGCCUUCCGAUAUACGAGGCAUUCGCGCGUCUAUCGCCGGCCCUGCAGCCGAUGCUCGAUCGCGUCGAGAGCAAUCGCGCGCACUGGAUCGAGAUGUCGAACAACGACGAGAAAAUCGAUUACGGACUCGAACGGGAAGCGAUCGAUAAAAACGACAAGUCCAGCGUCAGCUCGCAGAAUGUCGACGACACCGAGAAUACGUACGAAGGGGACAGCAGCGGCGCCGUCAGUCUGUCCUCCGAGACUAACUCGAAGUAUGAGAACCUCGAGAAUCCGGUCGUGGGGCUGUUGUGUAACAACGCGCUCGCCAUCCCGAGAGACGCGACCAAGUUCUGUCACAUUAACGACGUCAACUAGGUAAUACGAUAAUUACUAAUAAUUUAUAUAUCAAUUUUUAUGCUGACGUUACCUUUUAAAUGGCUUAUUCGUUUUGUCCAUAAAGCCUUGUUCGGACUAGGCGAGUAUUUUAGUCGAGUGCCGAGUAAUCGUAAUGGCUAUUUUAGAAGAGGUGGAUGAGGAAAUUUCUGUGGUUAAGAAAAAUAAGUUAUGGGUACGAAAAUCGAUCGAUAGAAGGGAUAAACUAGGAGCUACUAAAUUUCUUCUAAAGGAAUUAGCAUUGGAAGAGAUCCCAAAGAAUACUUCGAUAGUUUGAGAAUGUCCGAAAGUUGUGGGAAUUAUCUGUUAACGAAAAAUAUACUCUCAAAUUCAGCGCAAAGAUACCCAUUUGAGAAGUGCCACUAAUGAACUCGACUAAUCAACAGGUUCGGACUUGUUUAGUCAGUGAGCCAGUGACCAAGGACGCGUGGCGGGAAGCGUUACUCGCCCGAAAAAAUUGAACAAAAUGGAUUGACUUGACUAAAUUAUUUACUAACCUACUCGACUAAAAUUUUGGUGUUCAGACACAUUUUGCUACUAAAUUACUUGGUACUCGACUAAAAUACUCGUCUAGUCCGAACAAGGCCUAACAGUGUCUUACGCGAUUUGCGUAACACAUUUUUUUGUUGUUGUUGUUGUGUAUGCAUUUUGAUUUUUUUUUUACGAAUAGACACGACGAAUCAGACGAGAGUGGGCUCUCGUUCUGAUUGGUCGGAACGCGAUGACGUCACUGUUGUGCGAAUGUGUGUGCGCGCGAUAUAUCCGUAUUGAGUAUAAUUAGAUGUUUUAGUCGAAUUUGAAAUUAAUACUAGAUGAUAUAACGCAUGGCGGUCUACACGUUAAGUUAUCAUGUUCGUUGCACUAUUGUUCUGAGAUAAUUUAUCAUUGAGCUUUACUUCGAGUACCUACAGUUGAGGGAAUGUAAUAUAGGUAUGUAUGUAAUGUUUGUAAUUUACCUCAUUUGUCUAUUCCUAUUAACUAACAUGUUUACGAGAACUGAGUAUUCCGCGAGUCAUUAGUGUCAUUCGAGAUACGUUUUUAAGCGUAAAGUUAAUGAUUUUGAAAAAAAAAUACAAAAAAAAAUUACCUUUCUCAUAGAUCGUAAUUUAAUGCUUAGAAUUAAAAAAAAUCUAAACACUGAUAAUAUACGAAAGCAGGGCCUAACCGUAUUAUCAUAGAUAUGAUGUGACCAAAUAAAGAAUGAAUUUAAAUAAAACUUUCCGAUUUUCUUAGUUACGAAAAGAAUUUUAAAAAAUACCAUAAAACUUGAACUUUGCUUUGGAUCGGAUUUUCAUAAAAAAGUUUUUGUUUGUAAAUUAAAAUUAUUGUGAGUACUUAUUUACUUAGGUUGCAUUGUUUCAAUGUUUUUUUUUUUUCAUUCGGGAACCACAGCCUCGCAUUGUUUGAUAUACAGUUAUAAUACACUAGUGCCCACAUCCAUUCCAAUAUUUAUUUAAAUCGAUUAAAAUGUAUUGUCCUAUUAGAAAAGUCAAUUAAAACCGUUACAUUUUUUGUUGAAUAUCGAAGUGUUUUGCAUACAUAUAUUCGAUUUUGGUAUAAAAAUUAUAAUCGAUAAGUCGUAAGCAGAGUAUGGCAACAUUGUUAGGCCGUACGUUAAAUUAGCGGAGAAUUUAAUUGUAGAUGUAGAUGCUUAUGUAUAGAUAAUCACGAUUACAAAAUUAAUCUGUACUUAUUUUAAAAAAAUAGUUUGAAAUCUUCCGAAUGUGCUUGAUCAAUUGAUUAAUUGUUAUCGUAUUAUCGAUUAUUCUAUUUAGAAAUUCAAUUAUUUUUUUUUUAAAUUUCGAUAAUGAACAGUUUUUCCAUUAAUACGACCAACGCGCCUAGAGCACGAUAAAAAAAAAUAGAUUUUGUAAUUGGAAUAAUUCUCUCUAUAUAAAUUAGAUGUUUACAUGAAAAAAAAAAUCUCAAAUUAUUUGUGUUAAUGAAAUAUUGUACAACGUUUAAUUUCUAAGAUUGCUGUAAGUAUUAUUAGAAUGUAAUUAGUAAAUUAAUAAUUGUAAUUCAAUAAAUGAUGAGCUGCAUGGUGUGUGAAUAAUAAUGAGGUUGUUUUUUUUUUUUCAAACGAAAAUGUUAUUUAUUUAUGAUUAAACAAAUUUUUAAAUA